AUGCCCAUUGCCACAGCUGCCCGCCUAUGUCAAGUCGCCCUCAACUUGAUCAAAUCUGCCCACAUUAAUGUCAUUGCUUGUCCCGCAUUGCCUAUCCUUGUCUUGCACUGUCUUGGCCCCUACUUUGACAUGGCUUUGCCUUGUCAUUGUUAUGCCAACCCGCACGUCCAUGUGAAAUGCGCCUUGCCUCCGUUCAAGAUUUGUCACUGUGUCAUGGACUGGAACUUGAAGAGUCACCAAUUGGAAUGGGGCUGGGAUAAUAAUAUAAGCAUUUGCAGUUGCUCGGGAUUGGAGUUUUGUAGGCAUGCAGAAACUUUCAUCAAUGAAAAGGAAGUAAAUAAAGCUGAAAAUAUCAAGCAUAUAUAUUCUCUAGAUGGUGUCUCUAGCUAUAGUUUGGACCAUGGCUCUUCUGUCAAAUCUUCAGCUGAAGAAAGUAAUUAUGGGAUAGUUGGUUCUGUGCCAGGUUUUGUAAGCGUGGAGAGAAAAGAGAAAUAUUCUACUUCUGGAACUUGUACAAGACCUGGUGGAUCGUCAAUUGGCUUAAAUCUGUACCCUGCUAACAAUGAGACUGUUACUUCUAAUUGUCCUGUACUUCCUUUGUCAUCUACGACAGCAAAGCGAUGUAGGGGUUCUUAUCAUCUAAUGCAGAAUCCCUACUGCCAAGUUGAAGGAUGUAAUCUUGACCUUACAUCAGCUAAAGAGUACCAUCGGCGUCAUAGAAUCUGUGAAGCCCAUUCUAAAAGCCGAAUGGUCAUUGUGGCUGGGAUGGAGCGCCGUUUUUGCCAACAGUGUAGCAGGUUCCAUGAGUUGUCCGAGUUUGAUGAUAACAAACGAAGCUGUCGAAGGAAGCUCUCUGACCACAAUGCUAGGCGUCGUCGGUCACAACCAGAGGCAAAUCACUCUAGUUCAACAGGCACGACCUUCUUCGUUUCAUGGUGCCUUUCAACUGCUCUCUGUUGUCACUUUGUCUAA